AUGACAUCUGCCCGCCCAACACCAAGCACAGUCGCCGGGCACUUGGCUGGCACCAGUCAAUCAUGGCAUGGCAAGGUCACUCCUGAUGGGCCGUUCAAGCCAGAGAAAGACCGGUAUCGACUAUACAUUGUUGUCAAGCCAUAUCCCAAAGGCGACGAGAACGGCUGGCCAGGCUGGCAAUUCCCGUCCUCCGACUCCGAAUAUCCCGGAGCAAACGUCGAUCCCCUCUUUGGUGCAAAGUACCUCCAUGAGCUGUAUUUCAAGGCUGAUCCCGAGUACAAGGGCAGAUAUUCUGUACCUCUUCUCUGGGACACCCUGACCAACACCAUCGUCAACAACGAAUCCACCGACCUCCUGCGUGACCUGCAGACUGGAUUCAAUUCCAUUUUGCCUGAAGCAGAUUCCAAUGUGACGCUCUAUCCGGACCAUUUGCAGGGCGAGAUCGACAGGAUCUCAGUCUGGAUGCAGCGCGACCUCAACGUGGGCGUCUACAAGGCCGGCUUUGCGACGACCCAGGAGGACUACGACAAGAACGUCCCCGUGGUCUUUGCCGCACUGAACAAGCUAGAGAAGAUCAUCGCCCAGCACGGCGGUCCAUUCAUCCUAGGGAAGGAUCUAACCGAGCUGGAUGUAAGAGCUUAUGCGACGGUCAUCAGGUUCGACACUGUCUAUGUACAGCACUUCAAGUGCAACUUGGGUACUAUCCGGCAUGAUUACCCCCAGAUUAAUAACUGGCUAAAGAACUUGUACUGGAACGUCCCGGCGUUCAAGGAGACAACUGAUUUCAAGCAUAUCAAGGAGAACUAUACCAAGAGCCAUGGCGAUAUCAACCCGCGCGCAAUAACACCUCUGGGCCCCUGGCCGGCGGUCGAGGAGGGCUUCGAGAGGGAUCUGAGCAAGGUGCCGACUGGAGGGGUCAAAAUGCCCCUAGUAAUCGAGUUGGAGGAGAGUUUGUGA